CAUCGUCACGCUGUGCAGAGCAGAAGUAUGUUGAUGGUAGCCUGCUGCCCUGCGAUCAGAAACGAGAAGAAGUGGAAUGCAACUAAAUCCCGUCAAAACAACGACUGCAGUUCGCUGUCGUCGGUGAUGGGGAGUCAAAGGGCCUGAGGAUACCCCCCAAAAUCUCUUAUUUGUCUGCUUAUGUUGAUCAAUCAUGUCAAUGACCUUCGAGGCAGGGAGCAGCGUGACGCUGCUGUUUGACUUCUGGGAUGUGCAAGGACCUGCAGGGAUGGUGCUGUCUGUGUUCGUGGUCCUCCUGUUGACCGUGUUCUACGAGCUGCUGAAGGUGUGGAGGGUCUGGCUGGGGAAGCGCCCCUCUCCCUUCCCCUCCUCAGACUGCCAGGGAAGCAGCGCCGCAUUAGCCAGUAGCCUGUCAGAGUCCUCUCUGGCCCCCAUGGAACAAACUGCCCCCACUCCCUCCCCCAUGAACAGAUGGCUACUCCGUGGGAUCCAGACAGCCCUGCACAUCCUGCAGGUAACCCUUGGCUACAUGUUGAUGUUGUGCGUCAUGUCCUACAACACCUGGAUCUUCCUGGGGGUCAUCUUGGGCUCUGUCCUGGGAUACUUCAUAGGGUUCCCUCUACUGGGUCAAAUCUGAUCAAACAGAGGAAUCAACAGAAAGAGAAGAAUCUUUUUCCUGGACUAUAGAUCUAUAGGCACUAGUUAUCCUGUACCUGUUGGUUAAAGAUGUGCUCUGAAGAACCUAUCAUAGCACCUCUCAUGGUUUUGUCAUUCUGAACCUGUUGUGCACUCAAUGUGCAAUAGAUCUCCCUGUGACUGUGUCGCUUUUCAAGUUACCUGAAGUGGAAGGUGGUUCCAGUAUUUCUUCCCUACUUCUACAGUCUCUUAAAGCAGAUGUGUGAGAAGUAAAAAGCAAGAUGGGGACUUCCAUAGUGUGACACAGAUGUACAAAGAGUACAGCAUGGUAGAUGAGUGAUCGAGCACACCCAUUGUACCUUAUUAUCACAAGAGAAGUCUCAUGAAGUUAAUGCUUUUUUGUGUUCAAGACAUUGUGCUACACUGUAUGACCUACUGUACUAUGCAUAUCCACCAUCUAUGUGGUCCCAAGUUUGAGUAUGGCCCUCGAGUUCAACCUGUGGCUGCUUGACCUGAGGUCUCAUUCUACCAUCUCACUCCAAGGUCAGACUACUUGCAGAGGGAACUGAGAUUAUGCAUUCCCAGUCAUAAGACAACAUUUUCUGGAAUUUCCACUUUGACAGCACAGAAGCAUGUGAUUGAGUGUUGUAACUCCAUAGAUACUGUAUGUCAGGCUCAGUGGGUAACAGUUUGUUUAAUUGCUCUCAAGUACAUAAGAGGAGAACUGAAAGUGUGGGUCAUGUGGCUUUUGUUAAUCAUUUGUGAGAGAGAGAGACACUUGAGAUAGUAUACACCAACCUUUUAGUGCCUUUGAUAUCCAAAAUACAUUUGAGACAUAUUUUCAGUAGAAUUAUGCAGUAACCUAAUCAUGUGAAAUCAUGAACGUAAAGCUUUUUUUCAUACGCUAUUGAUCUAAAGUAAACUGAAAGUAGAUAAUGGCCUACUCAUACAAGGCUUUUAAACUUUUCAUCUGAACCACUUUUAGAAUGGUGCUUCUCAAUAGGGACUUUAUAUGAACAUGUGCUUACUACUGUUGUAUUUUAGUGUUUUAUUAUAACUAUCAAUAAAAUACCACUCACCUUUGUUAACAUAA